GCUGAAGGAGAUGUGGCGGCUCUCAAUCGGCGCAUCCAGCUUGUGGAGGAGGAGUUGGACCGGGCUCAGGAGCGCCUGGCCACAGCCCUCCAGAAGCUGGAGGAGGCAGAGAAGGCUGCGGAUGAGAGCGAGAGAGGGAUGAAGGUGAUAGAAAACCGGGCCAUGAAAGACGAGGAGAAGAUGGAGAUCCAGGAGCUGCAGCUCAAAGAGGCCAAGCACAUCGCCGAAGAGGCCGACCGCAAAUACGAGGAGGUGGCUCGGAAGUUGGUCAUCCUGGAGGGCGAGCUGGAAAGGGCAGAGGAGCGAGCAGAGGUGUCGGAACUAAAAUGCGGCGACCUGGAAGAAGAACUCAAGAAUGUCACUAACAACCUGAAGUCUCUCGAGGCUGCGUCGGAGAAGUAUUCUGAAAAGGAGGAUAAAUAUGAAGAAGAAAUUAAACUUCUGUCUGACAAACUGAAAGAGGCUGAGACCCGCGCUGAGUUCGCAGAGAGGACGGUUUCAAAGCUGGAAAAGACCAUUGAUGACCUGGAAGAAAAACUUGCCCAGGCCAAAGAAGAGAACGUGGGCUUACAUCAGACACUGGAUCAGACACUAAACGAACUUAACUGUAUAUAACCAGAAACGGAAGAGUCUUGUUCUGAGAGAAACUCCAGCGCUCCGUGUCAUUCUCUUUGCCUUGUAAGAAGUUUCUUUUGUUAUCACGUCUUCGCUUUGCUGGAAAUGUCAAGCCAAUUAUGAAUACAUGACCAAAUAUUUUAUAUCAGAGAUGCUUUGGGCACCAGUUAAAUCUAACUCCUUCUCCCCCUUUUUUUCUUUCUGAAUGGCACCGGCUUUUUGAGCUCUAUUUUUACCUUUAAGUUGCAUUUAUUCCUAAGGUAGGCAGGGUAUUUCAUAUUGAGCACACUCUCGAGACUGAGGUCUGCUUUCUGGGAGAAUCCAAUCCCACACUUUCAAAACAGCCUCUGGUAUCUCGUAGUGGGUUUUAAAUGCUGAAGAAUAUGAACUCUCUGGGUCCCCCCUGGCCGAACAACAGGAGGUUAGGGACCAUCACAGUAAAAUGAUGGGGAUUUUCCAUCCAGAGCAAAAAAAUAAAACAGGGCUGUUGUGGGAAGUCGUAAACCACAGCUAGAUUAACCUAGUCAUCCUGGCCCUUCUCCAUGCUCCACUGCAGAACAAACAUCCUCCGAGCCGUCAGCACGAGAAUGCCCGGGAAAUGGUCAUAAUAUUUACUCAAGUCUUUUCUGGACACAUCCUGAACGCUACGCUCUUCCACAUAUUUCAUUCUAAUGUGGUUGUCUGAUGAGUGGGUCCCUCUAACAACGGCCCACGCUUGUCUGUUCUGAUGUGAGGCCGUACACUCGGCAGGAAUGUGGUAUUUAAUCCUGUCCAGCUCAGCCAUAUUCAGGUGACUGCUGGCCAUCAAGAAACUGAGCAAAAGAAUUGCUUUCUAUUAAAAACACGGGGCAGCAAAGUAGACAUCAAAAAGUAAUUGGUGUAGCUUCAUCUCUGCACUUCAGGGAACGACAAAUGGAAGAUUUUCUUAGCUAGGACUUGAAUUCCUUCUUCGGGACCAAGUUACUAAAAGUUCCAAAACUCCUGAUUCAACUGGAUAUGGAGAAUUUUGUAGGCAGGAGCUGCACAUGUUGGUUUUGUACUUUUUGCUUUCUCAGUUAACAUCUCAGAGCUGAAACAUUCCAUAUUCCCCAGCAGUGUGGGGGCCAAUUCCAGUUUACAAUUCUGACCAAAAGCCACCCCUCUUCUAGCUUAACUGAGUCCCCUGCCCCUCACUCCUAUUUAUUAAGCAUCACACUACCAGGAGAUACACUAGCGAAUUGUGCAACUGAAUAAAAUUCAUACUCUUCUUUAGAUUCUUGCAACUGUAUCAUAUGUAAUAGUAUAUCACUUUUUCUACAUUUUGGUCAAAUAAAUUUUUACAGAAACUA